AUGAUAGAUGAACAAUUAAUAAAAGAUAAAAGUAAAUUAGCAAUAUUAUAUUUUAAAUCAAAUGAAUUUUCAAAAGCGUUAAGUUUAUUUAAUACACUUAUAGAAAAGCUAAAGAAUUUACCAAUUGAAGAAAUCAAAAAUAUUAGAUUGAAAUAUUAUGAUUUAUCAGAAAAUCCAAAAUAUGGAAAAUUAGUUCAUCCCAAGUUAUGUACUCUUCUUGAUCAAAGAGCUUCAACUUAUGAAAAAUUAAAUAAUUUAACAAAAGCUUUACAAGAUUCAAAUACAAUUUUAAAAAUUGAUCCUUUCAAUGUUAAAGGAUAUUUAAGAUCUGGUAAGAUAUUAAUUUUACAAAAUAAAAAAUUUGAAGCUUAUAAAAUUUAUCAAAAUGGGAUAUAUGUAUUAAAAACUUUUCAAAAAAAUAAUUGUAAAGAAGACAUUGAUCUAGUAUCAAAUUGUCAAACUACUUUGAUUGAAAAAUUAAAAUCUCAAUAUCUGUCUUUGAAUCGAGAAUUGAAAUUGGAAAAAGAGAUUUCAACUAAUAGCAAGAGCGGCAAUAAGUCGAUUUCUCCGUUGUCAUCAAUAUCAUUAUCACAAUCUUCAUCAAACUCAUUAUCACGAUCGUCAUCAAAAUCAUCAUCACAGUCUUCCUCACAACCAAAUAAACGGAGAAAAAUAGAAAGCAAAAACCUUGAUCCAUUCAAACAUUUUCCAAUAGAAGUUAUAGACGUUAUAUUGAAGCAUUUAUCUACAAAUGAAAUAUUUAAUUGUAUGAGAUGUUGCAAAAAAUGGUAUAUUACUGUAAUUAGUUUACAACUUUUUGAAUUCAAGUGUAAAAAUAAUAUAACAUUGGAUGAAUUUAUUAAUGGUUUAAAAUUUUUCAAAAAAAAUGUAAGAGGUACUUACUCAAAAUCAAUAAAUUUGAGAAUAAAUCAAGUUUAUAAUUCUAAAAUUUAUCAUAUAUUAUCAAUAAUAAUUAAAGAAAAUCAAAUUAAUUUUAAAUCAUUGGAUUUAUCAGAUUUAAAUUUAAAUUUACAAAAUAUUUAUCAUGUUUUUUUUAAAUCUGGCUGGAGAUUAAACAAUUUUAAAUUUUUAAAAGAAUUAAAUUUAGGUAUAAAUUGUUCAAUAAAAUCUUCUCAUACUUUACUCAACAUAUUCCCAAAUUUGAAAAAAUUAAAGAUUAUUACAAUAGUUCCUGAAAAAUCUGUACUAAAUAACUUACCUAUCAAUGAUAAAUUAUAUAAUAGGUAUAAAGAUCUAGUACUAGAUGAUUAUAAAAAUCUAGAAAAUUUAAUACUUAUAAAUCAUUCAAAAUUAUUAGACUCAAAUAUUAUGAGAAUUUCAAAUGAAACUUAUACACCUUUCCCUCCAAAUUUAAUCAAAAAUUCAUUUAGUCAAUUAAGUGAGUUAACAAUUGUUUCAUUUGAUUUAAGUAAUCAUUUACCAGUAUUUGGUGAAUUUAUGAUCAAUAGUCAAAAAUUAAAAAAAUUAUAUUUUGAAAAUAAUAAAGGUAUAAAUUUAAUUAUUUUAUUACAAAUGUUUUUAAAUUAUAAACCAAAUUUUAAAUUGACAAGUUUUACAUUUAGAGAAUAUCAAGUUGAAAAUAUUUUAAAUUUACAAGAAUUAGGUAAUAUCGAAAUUAUACCUGAAUUAUCAUAUGUUGAAAAUUUAGACUUGUAUAAAAAUAAUUUAUCACAACAAGCAUUAAUUAAAAUUUUAAAAUUUUGUUAUCAAACUGUUGUAACUUUAAAUAUUGGUAAUUCAACAUACUUGGAUUUUUCAAAUCAUAAAGUUAAUAAUUUAGAUCAUAGAUUUAUAACAAAUUUAACUCAACAAAGACAAAAACAAUUUCAAAUCCAAUUAAAUGAAAUUUUAAAAAAAUGUAUAAAUUUGAAAAAUUUAUAUUUAAAUGAAUUAAAUAUUGAUACAAUUGGAAUAAUGAAUAUUAUUAAACAAUUUGAAAAAUUAUUUCAAGAAAUUGAUCAAAAACCAAAAAUAUUAAAUUUAGAUUUAAGUUUUAAUAAUUUUGAUGGAAUUGAUUUAUUAAAAUUAUUAAACUGUUUGGAAUCCACUAAGUUAAUAAAUUUAAAUUUCAUUGAUAUAAAUGGAUUAGGAAUAUCUCAAGAUACUAUUGAAUUUAGUUUGAAAAAAAAAUUAGUUUCAAAUACUAAUUUUGAUCAAUCAAGAAUUAAAUGGUUACAAUAUGGUGGUAAUAGUUUAAUCAUUAAUUAG